GCCGUUCUUCAAUGGCUGUCAGGGUAUUUGAAUAGGGGGAGAGGGGAGAACGUGGAAUAAAAAGAGAGGGCGAAGGAGAGGGUUAUAAAUCUUUAUUGAGGACAGAGCAGUCGUAGAAGGUGUAGCAGUAAGAGGAUCAUGCAGCCUCAGCACUCAUCCAGAAACCCACAUGAGCUGUACUAUCUGAACAUGCAGAGAGCACGAGAGAAAAUGGAGAAGCUGGAGAAAGGAACCAAGAGGAGACUUAGGGUUUGCGUGGCAACCUGUAACCGUGCCGACUACUCAAAACUGGCACCCAUCAUGUUUGGCAUCAAAGCGCACUCUGACGUUUUCGACCUGGAGGUCGUAGUGUUGGGUUCCCAUCUCAUUGAUGAUUACGGCAACACCUUCCGCAUGAUCGAGCAGGACGAGUUUGACAUCGGCUCCAAGCUCCACACGAUCGUGAGAGGAGAGGACGAGGCCGCCAUGGUGGAGUCGGUGGGCCUGGCGUUGGUCAAGCUCCCCGACGUCCUCCAGCGGCUCAGCCCCGACGUGCUGAUCGUCCACGGCGACCGUUUCGACGCGUUGGCCCUGGCCACGGCUGCCGCCCUGAUGAACAUUCGAAUCCUCCACCUGGAGGGAGGCGAGGUGAGCGGAACCAUCGACGACUCCAUCCGGCACGCCAUCUCCAAACUGGCGCACUACCACGCCUGCUGCACCCGCAGCGCCGAGCGCCACCUCAUCGCCAUGUGCGAGGACCACAGCCGCAUCCUAUUGGCCGGCUGCCCGUCUUACGACAAGCUGCUCUCCGCCCACAAACGCGAGGACUACGCGGACAUCAUCAAAGCGUGGCUGGGAGACAAUGUCAAAGAGCAGGACUACAUAGUGGCCCUGCAGCACCCGGUCACCACUGAUAUUAAAAACUCCAUCAAAAUCUACGAUCUGAUGCUGGACGCUCUGAUCUCCUUCAACAAGAAAACGCUCAUUCUCUUCCCCAACAUCGACGCAGGCAGCAAAGAAAUGGUCCGUGUAAUGAGGAAGAAGGGCAUAGAGCAGCACCCGAAUUUCCGGGCGGUGAAGCACGUGCCCUUCGAGCAGUUCAUCCAGCUGGUGGCGCACGCCGGUUGCAUGAUCGGGAACAGCAGCUGCGGAGUCCGUGAGGCGGGCGCCUUCGGGACCCCGGUCAUCAACCUCGGCUCCAGGCAGACGGGCCGAGAAACGGGAGAAAACGUCCUACACGUACGAGAUGCGGACACACACAAUAAAAUAUACCAUGCCCUGGAGCUUCAGUUUGGCAAGCGCUACCCGUGCUCCAAGAUUUACGGCGAUGGGAACGCCGUACCCCGUAUCCUGAAGUUCCUGCAGGCCAUUGACCUGGAUGAGCCGUUACAGAAGACUUUCUGCUUCCCGCCCGUCAAAGAGUGCAUCUCUCAGGAUAUCGACCACAUCCUGGAAACGCAGAGCGCCCUGGCUGUCGACCUGGGCGGCACGAACCUGCGCGUGGCAAUCGUUAGCAUGACGGGGAAGAUAAUGAAAAAGUACACACAGGCCAAUCCGAAGACGUAUGAGGAGCGGAUAGCCUUGAUUCUCAGUAUGUGUAAAGAGGCCCUGAAGGACGCCGUGCAUCUGAACUGCAGGAUUCUGGGAGUGGGUGUGUCGACUGGAGGCCGUGUGAACCCUCAGGAGGGGGUGGUGCUCCACUCCACCAAGUUAAUUCAGGAGUGGAGCUCAGUGGACAUCCGCUCCCCCAUCUCCGACACCCUCCACCUCCCCGUGUGGGUGGACAACGACGGCAACUGCGCGGCCCUGGCGGAGCGAAAGUUCGGCCACGGGAAAGGCGUGGAGAACUUCGUCGCGAUCAUCACCGGAACAGGUAUCGGGGGCGGGAUCGUGCAGCACAACGAGCUCAUCCACGGCAGCACAUUCUGCGCGGCCGAGCUGGGCCACAUCAUGGUGUCCCUGGACGGGCCGGAGUGUCUGUGCGGGAGCCGCGGCUGCAUCGAGGCCUACGCCUCCGGAAUGGCCUUGCAGAGAGAGACCAAGAGGUUACACGACGAGGACCUGUUAAUAGUGGAGGGCCUGUCUGUGAAGAACGAGGAGCCUGUGAACGCCAUCCACCUCAUCAACGCGGCCCGCCUCGGAAACACCAAGGCCGAAUCUGUCCUCAAAACCGCUGGGACAGCGCUGGGUGUCGGGAUCGUUAACAUCCUCCACACCGUCAACCCCUCCUUAGUCAUCCUCUCCGGCGUGUUGGCAUCGCACUACGAGCAGCCUGUGCAACAAGUCAUCAGGCAACGAGCACUGAGCUCUGCCCAGGGCAUUCAGGUCAUGACCUCUGACCUGGACGAGCCUGCCUUGCUAGGCGCCGCCAGCAUGGUGCUGGAUUAUUCUACUAGACGGACAUACUGAGUAAUACUGGAAUGAACAGCCAAGGACUAAUCGGCCAAUCACGACCCUCUGUUCUGCUCUUUACCCAAACGUAAACCCAUGCCCUAACGGACCAUUAUGUCUGGAGUUUAGUCUUUUUAAUUUCUCCAAUUUGUAUUGUACUGUCUGCAAUACAUGGGUUUGAGAUUACUAUAUGUUUCUGUUGUCUUCUCUGUACACUUUUGUUUUAUUAAGCCUUUGUUUAAUAUAACCUGUGCAACUUUUUUUUUUUUUUUUUUUCUGGUUCCAGAAGUGGUUGAAGCAAAAAUUGAACACAGGUCUAUCGAUUUUGAUCUUGCUCAACUUUUAAGUUAUCCUUUCAAAAAAAAAAGAAAGAAAACAAAAUCUUCGAAAACUGCUGCAAACCUGACCGCGGAGAGACACUGCGCAGCGGUGUGGUCAUGGUCAGGCCAACCGUUAAAACCGUUAGCACGUUUUUGUCUUCCAUCACUACGGACGCAGAUAUGCUCGAACGUAACCGGUAAUAUUCCCAUGGAAAUGUGCCUAAGGUCUCUUAACGACAAACUACCAGAUACAAGUAUUCGAGAGUCGUCGGUGAAGUCGUGGCAUAAAAUACCCAGCUGGUUUUGUCAGUUGAAUCAGAGCCUGAAACAAAGUUGAAAAGCAUAUCCUGUCCUACUAUUCUGUUAUAAAAGUACUCUGUUAAACAUACAUCUUUUUAUUUAUUUAUUUUUUUUUUUGUGAAAGUGAAAGUCUUUUUAAAUGGAGAACAGUGGAGAGAUCAAAAAUGCCAUAUUCCAAGGAUGAGUGAAACUGCACAAUUUUUUUUUUUUUUUUUUUUUAAAGCUUAAAUCACCCAAACAUGGGUGACCUGUCCAAUCAUGAGUCUGGUUACAUCAUUCUUAAAGUGACAUCCUGCAGUUGUUUGAAUGGGGAUCAAAGAUUGAGUGUUUUCUUUAAGAUAGGAACCAAAGUUUUUUUUUUUUUUGUUUGGUGCUGCGUUAGCUCUGAGCACUGUUGUACGCUACAUUAUUGUUUUGAUUGAACGGACAUAAGUGCAAUUGUUUUCGUUGUCAGUGGCUGAUGAUAUGUUUCAUAACCAAAUUUUCUUUGACACUGUUAGUCCAAAGCGUCAACUGCUACGUUACACAUUCAUAAAUACAUUGCUAAAUAGUCCUGUGAAAAUACUGGUACUUACAAUGUUUGCUACACCUGCAUAGAGAAUGCAUAUUGUUGCAAACAUCACUGGACCCUGAGAGCGCACGCGCACACACACACACACACACACACACAUAAAUAAAUAAAUAAAACCAUAGAAUGUUUCUGUAUGAACGUCCUGUUAUGCGAGGUUUAUUAGUGAAUUCAUGUCUGUUUUUUUAAUGUGGGGUUUUUUGGGGUUU